GUUCAAAUAACUCAUCUUUUCCAGAGGGGAAGGAACCAAACCAAACCAGAGAGAGAACUGAAGAACCCAUUUCAAAUCUCUCUCUCCCUCUCCCUCUCACUCUGGUCGGUUCAUUGGUUUCUUCCUCUUUCUUUUCUCAUAUUUUCAUUUCUUCCUUCCCCCAAUUUUGUUUGGACUUUUGUCCUAUUUUGUUUUUUCUGUUUUUUUUGUUUUUUUGUUUUUUGUUUUUUUUGUUUUAAUGGAUCCAUGUAGCCAAAUCCGUUAAGAUGGGAUAAGGCUGAGCAGUUUGUUGUUGUUAUUGUUGGUUGGACCCUUCAAUCUUUCUUAUAUGGUUACUUCUCAUUGUUUUGAUGAAAUCUCUGAUCAUUGUUUAAAAGAUUGCAAGCUCUGCUAAAUUCACAUAAUGGGUUUAAAAGAUCUCCAACACAAGUUCAAGGCAUCCGCGGUGACUCGGUUUCUAACAGGAAAUGGGGAAAGAAGUAAAAGAAACGGUUCAAAGAAGUGUUCAUGGAUAACAACCAUCACACAUGGGUUCCAUGUCAUUGAUGAUAAAUCACUGAGAGGCAGAUCAGGGUACUCGGAUUCUGAUUCUGUUUUGGUACAAAGAGAGCAAAUCCAGGAUCAAGAGGGGUGGAUUUUUGGAGUCUUUGAUGCUAAGAUGGGUGAUGGAGUUACUGGGUACUUGCAGUCCCAUCUGUUUGACAAGAAUCUCAAUGAGUCUCAGAUUAGGAAGAAGAGCAGCAAGGAGACCAUGAAAAAAGCAUUUCUUUCAACAAGAGAAAAAUCACCAGAGGCAGAGCAAGAAAAUGAGAGGACAAGAAAAAUGGGUUCCACCUAUGCCAUUGUGAUAAAUGGAGAGAAGGUGGUUGCAGCAUACAUGGGUGACUAUAGAGCUGUUUUAUGUAGAGACGGUGUGGCUAAUCUGGUAGGCAAAAGGCAUCUACGCAGCACUAAGCGACUUUGGCGUCUUAAACUCCUUCCAGGUACAUUGCAUAUGCCAAAGGUACGUAUAUUGGUAAAUGAAACUGGCAAUGCUGUUUUACCUUCUACCUCAAGACCAGUUAUCGGUGUUGAGAAGCUGGACUCUGAAGCAGAGUUUCUUAUUCUGGCAAGCAAUGGCAUAUGGGAGGUUAUGAAUAAUCAGGAAGCUGUUAAUCUGAUCAGGCAUAUAGAUGAUCCAGAAGAAGCUGCCAGGUGCUUGACAAUGGAGGCUUCGACUAGAAUGAGCAGAAGCAACAUUUCUUGUUUAGUCAUUCGCUUCGAUUGAUAGAGUAGAUAGUUUUUCACCAAGAAGUCCAUCCAGUUUCUGAUACAUUUUGUACUCUCAAAAUAAACACUCAAUGAGAUUAACUGUACAAGGAUACAGCAAUUUUAUCAAUGUGAUCCCAAUUAUUUGA